AGCUCACAAACCUCAACAAGCCAGAGCAAUCGCUACAUCGCAAUGCGUCUCAUUACGUUCCUUUGCCUCGGCAUUCAGGCGAUGGUCCUGGCAGCCCCGGCCACGGCCUCCAAGUCGAUGAUGUUCAAGGAGGAGGAGUGGACAAUCCAUGGUCUCUCUCGGUCUUGUGGUCAUCGCCGCCAUCAGGACGGCCGUCAUGGACAUGGCCAUGACUACGAACACGGCCAUAGUCAUGGAAAAGACCACGAGAAGGAUCGUGGGCACGGACAUGGCAAAGAUCGUGGAAAAGGAUAUGAUCACGGACGCAACGGCUAUCAUGAUGAUGAAGGUUACGGGUAUGAUAAUGACCGAAAGAGUCAGAAUGGUCACUACGGCAGCAACAAGGAUGGAUAUAACUACGACCGGCAUAAAGACACCGGAAAAUCCAGCUAUGGACACAUAGGCAACAAACACAACCACCACGACUACGACAGGCGCAAAGACUACACCGGCAGCAACGGCGCCCAUGGCCCUCGCGCCACCAGCGCCAUCAAGCUCGGCUUCAACAAAACUCUAGAUAAUCCUCCCACCUCCGUCAACACGGCCGGCGAAAACGGGACCGCCAUGACGAUCGCAAACACCACAACGCAGCUCUCCACCACGACCGUGCACGGAGGACACGACAAUGACGACAAGGAAAGAUGCCGCUGGUCGUUCACGGUGGUGACGCAGCAGCGCGGCAGGCAGCGCUGCAGCUUCGAGGCGGGACGGCGGGCGUCGGUGGCCGAGGUCGACUGCGGCAGGCACUUUGUCGUCUCGGGCGGCUGGUCGGGUCAGUUUGGCGACGGCCAGGGCUUCACGACGCUGUCCGUAAUUGACCGCGAGCGUAGACUCAUCGUCUGGCCGGCCUACAGGGACUCGCAGCUUGAAGGUGGCAAGGUCGUCAGGCCGGAUCAGAGCUAUGUGCCGCAACGUCUUCCUUGA